AUGAAUCCGUCCAACGAUCACAACAACUGGAUAACCGUCGGAGAAGUAAUCAAUCUAAUUAGGAAACCUGUUGCUUUGUACACUGGCCAGAUCGUAAAAAAUUGGCAUGCUAAGCUGUGUUGUCUUUUAAAAGGGGGAUGCGCAAAUCCUAUAAUGUGCGAGAAAGAAACAGUCCAUAAAAAACUUUGCCACUCUUGCAACCAGUGGUACCAGGAACUUGCUAAAUGGCAUAAAAAACCAAAUAAACGACAGAUAAAAUGGCGUGAAAACUGCGACACAUCAAAGUGGCCUGUUGAUCCAUGGGAGGUAGCCAAGUUUUUUAUGCCUUUCCUUGGAGACAAUAAGGGAACCGUCAAAGACGCAGAUUCCACUGAUUUAUCAUCUCUUCUAAACGUCCUUGAGUGGAUGGAUGAUGUAAUUUUCUCUCCAGACAGGCGUGUGGAUCUCGAUCUUGUUAGAAAGCUUCGUUCAGUUAGAAACUCUUGGGCGCAUUCAUCACAUCAAGAGUUAACCGAUGCUGAUCUUAACAACGCUUUUGACACUGCCAAUAAGAUUCUUGCCGACCUUGAUAUUAUUUUCCGCUGUAACGAAGUCAAGAAGUGUAUAAAGAAGAUCAAGUUUGUACAAGCUAACGGAAUAACCAAUGUCGUAAAAGCCGAGUUAGAUGCUGUAAAUUUACUGCGCGAUGAGUUAGUUGCAGAUGUCAGCCAAUUAAAAGAAAAUCAAAUCUCCGACCGACAGAUCAUCAAGGAAAACGAGAAAAGGUUGGAGAAUCUCGAAAAACUCAUCAGCCAAUUACAAAUAUCGAAUGUUCAAGAAACUGGACGACGGGCGCAAAUAAAAAACUGCAUACCUGACAAACCUUGUACGUUCAUUGGGCGUGACGCCGAAGUAAAGGAAAUUAUUUCUUCCUUGACGGAGAACGGUUGUGGAAUUGUCUCCAUUGUUGGUGGUCCAGGGUUUGGCAAAAGCACCGUUGCAAUUGAAGUCUCCCAUCAUCUUUGCGAUAAUCAUGACAUCAUCGUCAUUUUCUCAUACCUGUCAAAUGUUUCAACUGUGUCUGAUGUUUUUCUACGUCUUUGUCAAGACGUUGGCGUUAAUCCUGGAGACGAUUCUAAAUUAUCGUUUACGCUGUGGUUAAGGAAUAUUAAGGAGAGAGUCAUCCUUGUCAUGGAUAACAUCGAGCAAUUGCUUGAAGAAGAAGUAAAAUCCGAAUUUACUGAGUUAGUGGUGACGCUCCGCAAGAAUUCACAGCAACAGUUGCAGAUCCUAGCAACGACAAGAACCGCAUUCUCAAUUCCUAACCAACCCCCUAAAAGCAUUCAGAUAGGAGAGUUGGAUGAAAAUUCUAGUGUCGAACUUUUGAGGAAGUGCUGCCCUAAUACAGAAGUAAGAGAUGGUUACUUGCGUGACUUGGCUAACCUGUGUGGUUUUAUUCCUCUCGCUUUAUGUAUCACAGGAUCUAGAAUUCCACGUCUAGAUGAUCCAACUGAGUUAAUUCAAUGGUUAAAAGAGAAGCCUAUGAAAGCUUUACAGUCAACUGACAAAACGCAGUGCGUCCGAAAAGCCAUCGAGUUUUCGUUUCAAAUGUUGAGUAAUGAAGACAAGAAAGCAUUCGCUCGUCUUUCAGUAUUCAAUGGAAAUUUCCAAAAGAAGUCUGCUCAAGAGGUUAUCGAGAGAGAUGGGUUGGAAACCCAAGAUUUCUUAGAGCAGCUCGUAGAUCGGAGUUUAAUACAGAGUAGCAGUGAUAAGCGCUUCGUGAUUCACUCGCUUAUUCGACGAUUUCUGGCCGAUCAUGAUCAACAUCAAGAUGAAAAGGUAAUAGGAGAAGGAUUGAUGGUAAAACAUUUUCUAAACAUGUGCCAUUUGUUGACCAUGAAAUCUUACUCCAAAGACGGAUUUACCGAUGCCCGAAAGUUAGUGAAGAAAGACGCCCACAAUGUCGAAGAAACGUUAAAAAUAUGCUGCCAAAAUGAAGUAACAAAUGUGAAUCCACACGUCAUCGAAUCCUUGGUUAGUAGUGAUGUUUAUAAGUCUUCAUCCAGGUUCUUUUCCAACUUUGUCUGGGAUCUUCUUCCACGGACUGUUUUAAGGAAUUUCCAUGAAUCCUGUAUAAUGCUAGCCGGAGGUCGAGAGCAAGUAGCCAUUCAGAUCACAUUUCAGUGUCUAGUAGCAGAUCAAGAAGGUUAUAAAUCUGCAUGGAAAUCUCCUGAAUAUAUCACCAGAAUGGAGGCUAUCAAGAAAGCCUUUGGCAGAAACGAGGCAGCGUUGAAAGAAGAUAGGUCCUUAUAUAGCUAUUGUUACUAUUUUUACGCCCGAUAUUAUUCUCACAAACCAACAAAUACGCCAUGUCCUGAUCUUUCAGAAGCCGAUCUUACACCUUUGUCUGAAAACAAAGCACGAAACCCAACGGAUAAUGCUCACGAGGUACUUAUUUUAAUCCGGCGUGCUGAGUUGAACAAAAUACGUGCCACUAAAUAUAAAGAAAAGCGCGAAGAAUACACGAACUGUGCAAAAGCGCUUUACAAUCAAGCUUUGUCGUCAGCUAAAGAGUCGCUGGGCGAUCACGAAUUAACGUGUACUUGCCAUAAAUUGUUAGGAGACUUAUACAUAAAGAACGAAGAGGCGUUGAUGUAUUAUUCCGAUGCCAUAAAGCUGCGCAAGAAACUGCAACUUGAUUUUAACGAGCCUUUUAUGUACUUGCUGAAAAAUUACGGAUCGUGCCUUUUUUAUCGUGGUCGCUUCGAGGAAUCAGUGGAAACGUUACACGAAGCUCGGAACAUAGCUGAAAAGCUCGGUGAAAAACGCCCUUGUACAGCGAAUGUAUAUUAUGCUUUGGCAAGAACAUAUCGCUCCUGGAAACCUGAUAGCCAAGAAGCUGCGAAAUAUGCCAAAGCGGCAGUGGAGAUGAAAGAUUUGUUGGACUCGCGUUACGUAAAAAACAUUCAUAUUUUUGAAGCAGCGGAAGAAAACAUGACGAAAAAGAAGAGUCAGCAAUAUUAG